AUGAGCAAUGGAGGCGACGAUGGUGACGAGCCACCACAUCCGUUCGGUGGAGGUUUUGGUGAUCACCAGAACGAUGUGAUGCCUCCGAGACGAAGAGCCAUGGUGCUAAUAUCCGACAUAAAUAUUAACAUGCCGAUUGGGGAUGUGUAUGAAUGUUUCGUUCGAGAAGUUGGGACCUAUAUGUGGCGGGACAUCGGUUUUGAUAAGGACACAUGGACUGAUGUUUCUGAAGCCGAGAGGGUUGGCAUGUUCCAAUAUCUUUCGACAUGGUUUGAUUUUGGAGCGAUUACAAAUCAUCCCAUGGCUCCAACUUAUUGGGUGUUACUGAACAAUCGGAUAUGUGCGCGGUAUAGAGGCCGCAAAAAUAUUGCAAAAAACCGUUUGAUUGAUUUUGCAGGGGAUGUGGAGGCAGCAAGGGCUGUAGCCCCUACAGACAAACAUCAAAAACAAUCCGCUGGAAACAAAGAAUGCCAGAAGAAGCAAGUAGUGAAGAAUCGUGGAGGGAUGUGCAGCUAUGGUAGUGCUUGUUUCAAGAAAGAUGUUGAUGUGAAUACUUUUCUUCAAAACCCGAUAUUUGUGACGGCCAUUGGAGACAUUAUCUGCUCCUUUAAAAACCAAGUCAGCAACGAGGAAAACAAUGAUGGGGAAGACGAAGACGAAGACGAAGAAACAUAG